UCGCUAAGGGUACACAGGGACACCCACCAACUCAGCAGCGGUUUAGGAAACUUUAAGGAAACAGGAACAGGAAAAGGGGGGGAAAAGUGCUGUGUCCAGGUGCCAGGUGCUUCCUGCUCUCAUGGUUUGUGCUGCCACAGCCUCACCUGAGAGUUAGCCCUCAGACACCGCCGCCCAAUGGGCCUGUACCUGAACACCUACCUGUGCCGGGCUCACCUGUGCAGGAGGACGGCCAGGCUCAAGUACCUCCUGGCCAUACUCAGGACCCUCCCCCGCCCGGCCAGGACCCCCGUCACCCCGUCCCGACACACCUGCAGCUGCGCCUGGCCUCUCCCUCCCCCACCCCCCUCACUGACGGGACAGGCCCUGCCGAAACUGGAGCGGGUGAAAAGGGGGGGCUUUGGCUGGCUGGCGAGUUCUAACCCACGUGGGAACAUGCUCAGGGGGCAGCCGAAAUGUCUGCUCUGCCAGCAUAUGCGUGCCGGUCGGGCCUACUCCAGCUCCAGCUCCAGCUCCGGAACCAGUUCCGGGUCCUACUCCAGCUCCAGCUCCGGAACCAGUUCCGGGUCCUACUCCAGCUCCAGCUCCGGUCCAGGGUCCGGGUCCAGCUCCAGUUCCACCCGGGGGGGCUGGAAAGGGGACGCCCCCAUCGGGAUUCUGGAGGAGAGCAAGGCCGCCCUGCAGCUAGGCUACCUGGGCCAGCGGCUCGGACAGUCCUUCCAGUACCUGUCCAAGCACGUCAACGCCUACUUCAGUGGGCCGGACACGCCCGCUCAGGCCACGCCCACUCUGGCCCCCUACGGGAGGGCGGGGUUUGAGAGCGGGGAGACGGGGCCUGCGAGGAGAGGGAAGAGGGGUUGGAAUCAGAGGCUAGCCAAUGAGAGGGCGGGGCCAGAGGGUGAGCUGGACGUCUCAGCCAAUCGGAUAGAGGAGACGCCCCCUGCCCAGGCCGGUGGAGGCCUUCAGCUGUUCCACAUCAGCUCGUUCACCGCCAGGCUGGGGGAGAGCUACAGCUACGUGGCCCGCCACGUGAACUCCGCCUUCUCCACGGCCGUCGCCCGGGAGACCCCGCCGCCCGGGACGGUCACAGACGAGAUGACGCCCACGAGGGUGCGGAGGAGGAAGAGGAGGACGGAGGUAUGCAGCGGAGUGGGGGGCACUGGCGGAGGUUCUGACCGGGUCCAGGUUCCGGAAGCCGCUGGAACACAGCGGGACGCCACGCCCGUAAAGCCAGAGGACCCCGGAGUUUGGGACGACGUCUACCUCCACCUCGCCCGUCGCGUCAACAGCUACUUCGGGGCCAAGGAGGCCGACGCGACCUGGGAACCCACGCGGGCGCGGGACCCGCCCGGGGCAAGGCUCCGCUCGGUCGCCACGGCAACUCAGGCGCCCCGCCCAGCGGGUUCGCCGACAGGCCCCGCCCUCGGGCUCAAGGGCCCGCCUCCAGCGGCCAAUCAGGAGGCGGAAGCCCUCCAGCAGAGGUCCCCUGGCCUGUUCCACAUCAGUAGCCUGGCAACCAGCUUCGGGGAGAGCUACGCACAAAUGGCGAACCACGUGAACCGCUACUUCAAAGAGGAGGAAGAGGACGGGCUUCAGCAGGCUGAUUGGCAGGAGGCGGGGUACACCUCAGUGCCCCCCCAGGGAAGGGCUCAGUCCUUUAUUCGGACGGCCAUCUCAGACCUGCUGGGGAGCUAUGUGGGGGGGGCCAUGGGUCCGUCCACCCCCACCGCCUCACCUGCGGGGACCAUGCGGAGCACACAGGUUGUUGGUGGGCGGAGGCAGGCAGAAGCAAAGACUCGGGUUCUAGUGAGAAAACUUCAGCAGGCUGCCAACCCAGCCUCUCUCAACGCCUGCAUCGAGGAGCUGAACAAACACCUCAUCCGCUACCCAGCAUGCACGGUGGUGGCCUGGCAGGAGAAGGCUGCAGCCCUGCUCCUGUCCCGGAGACGUUUCCAUGGAGACGACCAAGAACUUCAAGGUGCCAUAAGGGAGAGCUUGGCCCUGAUUGGCUACGUGGAUUCGGUCAAAGGUCGAGGAAUAAGGAUUCUCUCCAUCGACGGCGGGGGCACAAGAGGGGUGGUUCCGCUGCAGGUGCUGAAGCGCCUGGAGGCCGGAACCGGCAGGCAGGUGCACCAGCUGUUUGACUACAUCUGCGGCGUGAGCACAGGAGCGGUGCUGGCCUUCAUGCUGGGCCUGGUCCGUCUCUCCCUGGAGGAGUGCGAGGAGAUGUACCGUCGUUUCGGCUCGGACGUUUUUCGGCAGAACCCCUUGGUCGGCACCGUGAACAUGGGCUGGUCCCACUCCUACUACAACACGUCCACCUGGGAGGCGCUUCUCAGGGAGAAGAUAGGCAAUAAGGUUCUGAUUAAGACUGCCAGGGAUGAGCUGAGCCCCAAGGUGUCAGCGGUCAGUGCCGUGGUGAACUGGGGCACCACCCCCAAGGCCUUCGUCUUCCGAAACUACAACCACGCGCCGGGACGUCUCAGCCGCUACGCCGGGGCCUCGGGGCACCAGCUGUGGCAGGCCAUCCGCGCCUCGUCCGCCGCCCCCGGGUACUUCCAGGAGUUCCCGCUGCACAGCGACAUACACCAGGACGGGGCGCUCAUUCUCAACAACCCGUGCGCCCUGGCCGUUCACGAGUGCCGCCUGCUCUGGCCCACCCGGCCCUUCCAGUGCGUGCUGUCGCUAGGCACCGGUCGCCACGACAACGUCAAGAAGGGCCCGGUGACCUCGACCAGCCUGCGUUCCAAGAUCAGCAACCUGAUCAGCAGCGCCACAGACACUGAGGGAGUUCACACCCUGCUGGACGACCUGCUGUCGCCCGACACCUACUUCCGCUUCAACCCGACGCUGAGCGCCGGGGUGACGAUGGACGAGUGCCGGCCGGGGGCCCUGGACCUGCUGCGGGCCGACACCCGGCUCUACCUGGACCGGAACCAGCCCAAGGUGGAGCGGCUGUGCAGGGUGCUGGGUCCGGAGCGGGGCGCCCUGCAGCUGGCCGGGGACCGGGUCAGGGAACGGGCCUGGGAGCUCCGGCACCGCUGGGCCUGAGAGCAGAACCAGAACCGGAACCGGAACCAGGGACCAGAAUCUGAACCAGAGCUAGAAUCAGAACCAUAACCAGGACUAGAAUCAGAACUGGAACCGGACCCAGACCACAGAAAGGUUCCCUGACCCCAUGCUCCAUCCCUCUGCUUCAGGUUUCACAGCUGAAGGACAGCAGUGGGUCCACCUGCAGCCAAGAGCCCAGACACUG